AGGACCUGAGCGGAAAUCUAACAAGCCGAGCGGAGCCGAGCCGAGCGGAGCUGUGUGACAGGUACAAGAAAGAUGGCAGCCGUGGCAGUGGCUGAGUUUCAGAGAGCGCAAUCUCUUCUUGUAACGGAUCGGAACGCCUCCAUCGAUAUCUUGCAUUCAAUAGUAAAGCGGGACAUUCAGGACAGCGAUGAAGAGGCUGUGCGCGUUAAAGAGCAGAGCAUCCUGGAGCUGGGUGGACUGCUGGCCAAGACAGGACAGGCUGAAGAGCUUGGUGGUCUAUUGACAUAUGUGCGGCCGUUCCUCAACUCCAUCUCUAAGGCCAAAGCAGCCCGACUGGUCCGCUCCCUGCUGGACUUGUUUCUAGAUAUGGAGGCAGCCACUGGUCAUGAAGUCGAGCUCUGCCUGGAGUGCAUAGAUUGGGCCAAGGCUGAAAAGAGAACUUUCCUCAGACAGGCCCUAGAGGCUCGACUUAUCUCACUAUAUUUUGACACAAAGUGUUACCUGGAAGCUCUACAACUAGGCUCGCAGUUACUACAGGAGCUGAAAAAGAUGGAUGACAAAGCCCUGCUGGUGGAAGUGCAGCUGCUGGAGAGUAAAACAUAUCACGCCCUCUGUAACCUACCCAAAGCUCGCGCCGCCCUCACUUCAGCCAGGACGACCGCCAAUGCCAUCUACUGCCCACCAAAAUUACAAGCUGCUUUAGACAUGCAAUCAGGGAUCAUCCACGCAGCAGAGGAAAAAGACUGGAAGACAGCUUACUCUUACUUCUAUGAGGCCUUUGAGGGCUACGACUCCAUUGACAGUCCGAGAGCCAUCACAGUUCUCAAAUAUAUGCUGCUCUGCAAAAUCAUGCUCAAUGCACCAGAGGAUGUCCAGGCCCUCAUCAGUGGCAAGCUCGUUCUGCGCUACACUGGAAGACAGACGGAUUCCCUAAAAAGUGUAGCACAAGCCAGCAAGAAUCGCUCGCUAUCUGACUUUGAAAAGGCACUGACAGAGUAUAAAGUGGAACUGAGGGACGACCCCAUCAUCCGAACACAUCUGACCAAACUUUAUGACAACCUGCUGGAGCAGAACCUCAUCAGGGUCAUUGAGCCUUUCUCCAGGGUCCAAAUGGCCCACAUUUCCUCCAUCAUCAAACUGUCCAAGGGUGAUGUUGAGAGGAAAUUAUCACAGAUGAUUCUGGACCAAAAAUUUCACGGUAUUUUAGACCAGGGUGAAGGUGUGCUCAUCGUCUUCGAUGAGCCUGUGGUUGACAAGACAUACGAGACGGCCCUGGAGACCAUUCAGAACAUGAGCAAGGUGGUGGACUCACUUUACAACAAAGCCAAGAAGCUAACAUAAGAGAGGAAAAAAUCAGCAGUCCUCCCGUGCGGAACGUCGCGGGCCAGUCAGACCUCCGUCGAUGCCUCUCACUUUAACCCCCCUGGAUGGAUGAGGGAAGUGGGUUGGACUUUCAAAACACUUGAUCAACCUGUGGAGACACUUCAGAGGGGAAUGGGCACAACUCUUUGGUCUCCCUUCUUCUGGUAGGGAACACAAAGUGCGCUACCCGCUGGAAAGAUCUAGACACUGCGCCUUACUUCUUCCACCGAUGGGAUGAGUUUCCUCUUAUUCUCUGCACUGGCCAUCAGGGAAUCUUGUCAAAUAAAAUCGAAAAUACACUAACCACAUGUAUACACUUGUAAAAUUAACAUCAAAACAUGAUCAGAUAGAGGCUAACUUUACCUAAUGUUUUUUUCCAUUCAUUUUUUUUUGGAGACUUGCUACUUUUUUGGGCUAAGACUUUGGACCCAAAGUUUUGAUUGUAUCCUCAUUUGUACUGUAGAAAUGUAAGGUCUGCCCCACUCCAAAGAGUAUCAGGGCAUUCUGGGGAUUAUAUCAGCGCUGUUUCUUUAAAAGCGUUCCGCAGAAGACCCAAAGUGUUACUGUUGUGCCAUUCACCCGCAUCUAACCUCCUCUUUGUACAGAACAUUGCCAAGAUCUGCUGUUCAUCCACUUCCCCCAUGUAAUUAUAAGGUCUCAUUUUUAUAAGAUGCAAGAAUCAUGUAAAGCUCACCAGUGAGAGCACCAAGUGCUUUCAGUGUUCUGGCGUAUGAGCAAAGGAGGAAUUUUGCAUUAUGAUAUGUUUAGAGUGAUUGUGUAAAAAAAAAAAAAAAAGGGUUACAGAGAACAUAUUCCUGAAAAUAUAUUUUGCAGGGAUUGGGUGGUUACCAUACAUAAAAGUUCUAAAUAAAAUGCUGUUUGGGGAAAAUUGACAUGCUAUCUAUCAAUUUGAACAUACUUUCUAAUGCUUUUAAAUGAGAACUUAGUCUAGAUUUCAAUUCCAACUGUUGGUAUUCCAGCUCAGAUCGAUUGAACUAUAUACAUUCCACGAUUCUUCUGCAUUUCUCAAAGACACUUAGGUGAAGGCGGUGCAUUUCACUGACCUUGAGAGAAAUUCUGUAACAUUUUCUGCACUGAUAAAUGCAAGAUAAUGUGUCGGGGUGCUGUGUCUUGUUUUCAGUCUAUUUAUUGCAUGCCAGAUGGGGAUUAUGGACUACUUUGAAUACAUGGUCUUGUUGCCUUAAACAAAAAAAAA